UCCUCAUACUGAUGAAACUGAUAAAAUAUCAGCACCCCAACUACAAAAUAUUCCUUUCCUCUUUGGGAGUUAUUAUCCAAAGCUUCCGAUAGACAAGCAUAUUGCAUCAAACAAAACAUGCACAGACAAAAACAUUACUGGAUAAAGUUCUGAUCCACUGAAAUCAGUCAAUCAUUUGAGUGAACAAAAGAAAUAAUUCCUCUCAAUUUAUCCUCAUUCAGUUCACUUAUUCUUUCUGAUGAUGAUGAUGAGAACAAAAAAUCUUAAAUUACAAUCUAAUUGGGUUUCAAUUUUCUCUCAGUAAAAAACACAGACACAUCAUGGGUGACAAUCCUUCACCACUAGAACAACAGCAACAACUCCUGAAGAAGAUUCAGGAACUUGAAGCAGGACAUGCCCAUCUCCAAGAUGAAAUUACCAAAUUGACUCUCUCUGCAAGACCAGGUCACAGGAACAACAAUCAGAGGUCUCACUCUGUAUCACCACAAAGAUCCAGAUUUUCAAGAAGAGGUGGUGAUGAAGAAAGGAAUAGGGGGGACUCUGGUCAAUGGAAAAUGGGUUCUGCUUCAUUUGGACAUUCUCCUUUACAGAGAGUCAAUAGUAGUAAUAGUAUCAGUAGAAGAAGACCUAGUGCUGAGUUUUCAAAUCCUAAUAAAGGAAGUGAAACUGCUGUUGUUAGUUUUAGUAAUAAACAGUAUCUUAAUAUCUUGCAGUCCAUGGGUCAAUCUGUUCAUAUCUUUGAGCCUAAUGGUCGCGUAAUUCACUGGAAUCAAAUGGCUGAGAGCCUCUAUGGUUAUUCUGCAUCAGAAGCGCUUGGUCAGGAUAUUCGCACUCUUAUUGUUGAUUCCAGAGACUAUGAUGAAGCUAAUCAAAUAGUGGAGAGGAAUUCCUUAGGGGAGAAUUGGACUGGACAGUUCACUGUCAAGAAUAAACAAGGGGAAAGGUUUCUUGUCCUUGCAACCAAUACGCCAUUCUAUGAUGAUAAUGGUAGUUUGGUUGGGAUUAUUAGUGUAUCUGGAGAUACUCCGCCCUUUCGAGAGGUUGUAUUCCCAUCUUCUGAAAGAAAAGUUCCAGAAGUGUCUACCAGGAGUAGUCCAACUAGUAAUACUGGUGUUGACUCUCAGCAACCUCUGCAAGUUAUGAUUGCCUCAAAGAUUUCGAAUCUGGCGUCCAGAAUGACCAAUAAAGUCCGAUCGAAGAUGAAGACGAGUGAUAACACCUUAGAAUAUGAAACGCGUGAUGCAAAUUCAAAUAGCCAACGUUUUGAUCGUUGGGAGGAUCCAUGUUCCAGUGGAGCUAGCUCGCCUAGGGGAGACUUAUCCUCAACUCCCUUUGGUGGUCAUUCUCAGGGUUCUCUAAGAUCCCAGGAACAGCCCACAGGACAUUCUGGUGAUGAUGGUGAUGGUGAUGGGAAGAUUGGGAUCCACAGGAGAAUAACCUCCAAGGCAGAGGCUUGGAUUGGCAAGAAGGGGAUAUCCUGGCCAUGGAGGGGAAUUGAACAGGAUGGCUCAGUAGCAAGGACUACACGUGAUAUUACGGUUUUGAAUGAUGAUCAGCAGAAGAGUUCUGAUACCAUUGUAAAGCCGGAAAUCCAGGUUGUAGGGAGUAAUCAAUUUGAAAAUGAAGCCCCUGGUUCUUGGUCUUCUUCUCUGAAUGCUACCAGCCUAAGCAGUGUAAGCACCAGUGGUAGUAACAGUAGCAGUGGUAUUCAUGAAGUUGAUAGGGAAACAUGUUCGUUGGAUUAUGAUAUUUUGUGGGAAGACUUAACGAUUGGUGAACAAAUAGGGCAAGGUUCAUGCGGAACUGUGUAUCAUGGUCUUUGGUGUGGUUCGGAUGUUGCAGUAAAGGUUUUUUCAAAGAUCGAGUACUCGGGUGAUUUGCUGCGUGCCUUUAGACAAGAGGUAUUACUUAUGAAGAGGCUGCGACAUCCAAAUGUGCUACUUUUUAUGGGGGCAGUAGCAUCACCUCAGCAUAUGUGCAUUGUCACCGAGUUCCUGCCACGUGGAAGUUUAUUUCAGUUCCUUCAAAGGAGCACCCAGAAAUUAGAUUGGAGGCGACGUGUUCUCAUGGCCUUGGACAUUGCACGGGGCAUGAAUUAUCUUCAUUGCUGCAACCCACCAAUUGUCCACCGAGACUUGAAGUCGUCAAAUCUAUUGGUUGAUAAAAACUGGAACGUUAAGGUCGGAGACUUUGGUCUCUCAAAACUCAAACAUCAAACAUUUCUCUCAACACUGACUGGAAAAGGAACGGUACAUAUCAUAUCCUUAAAGGCAUGCUCUUUCCAUUUUCUAUUUACCAAGUUGCUCAACUCAAUUGAUUUUUUUUUAUUUUUUUUAUUUGCUUUAAUCAUCCAGCCGCAGUGGAUGGCUCCAGAGGUUCUCCGGAACGAGCGCUCAGAUGAGAAGUCUGACGUAUAUAGCUAUGGAGUAGUAUUGUGGGAAAUUGCCACGCAAAAGAUUCCUUGGGAUAACUUCAACUCAAUGCAGGUAAUUGGAGCUGUAGGCUUCAUGGACCAACGACCUGACAUCCCAAAAGAAAUGGAUCCACCAUGGGUAUCCAUAAUUGAGAGCUGUUGGCACAGUGACCCAAAAUGCCGACCCACAUUCCAGGAACUCCUAGAGAUGUUAAAAGAUCUGCAGAGACAGUAUUCCGUUAAAGCCCAAGCAUCCCGCGUUGCACAAGGUCAUAGUACUACACUGGCACCAGAUAUUUGAAUUCCCAAGCAUCCCGCGGAGCACAAUGUCAUAGUACUACACUGGCACCAGAUAUUUAAAUUCCUAUUUUAUCUAUAUAUGAGUUGUAUCAGUCAGCACCAAAAAGUUCAGCUGUACCAAUGAUUCAUCUUUGUCAUUUAGGUUGUCCCUUGCAACCUCAUAAGCUCUAAUUGGAGCAUUAAAUAUGAAAAUCUCAUCAUACAUGUAUGCUUGUGCUAGCAUCAAAUAUUUUUGUUCUAAAAAAACAAAAAUAAUAAAUUAUAUGUCUCCACGCUACCUGGUGAAAUCGCUUGAAAAUGAUCUCAA